CGCCGGUCUCUCUCUCGCUCUCGUCUCGUCCCGUGAACUCUUCUGUAAGUAGUGUAAAGAGGCGAGGAUUUUAACCAUGCGUGGGUUAGAGGGCCACGGAAGGACGAUCUUCUUUACUUCUCGAGGCGAUUUUCUCUCGUCCUCGUGCAGACCACCUCACCAAACUCACCCUAUAAAUAACCCUUCUCUUCCUUCCCUCUCACUCUCUCGUCGUUUUUCUUUCCACUUUUUCUCUUCCACAGCACCCCACAGCUUCACAGCCCUAAAGAGAGUUUGUGUGAGAGAUUGUGAAGUAGAGAGAUUUUCUUCAGUUUCAUUUUCUCCUACAAUGUCGGCUUCUAAGGGCGAAGAUCCUCGCAUCCAUGGAAUCGCUACUUCCAUUCGUGUUGUCCCCAAUUUUCCCAAGCCAGGGAUCAUGUUUCAAGACAUCACGACUCUGCUUCUCGAUCCUAAAGCUUUCAAGAACACCGUAGAUAUGUUCGUCGAGAGAUACAAGGGGAAGAACAUCACAGUGGUGGCAGGAGUUGAGGCUAGGGGCUUUAUAUUUGGUCCGCCAAUUGCGUUAGCGAUUGGUGCAAAGUUUGUUCCAUUGAGAAAACCAAGAAAAUUGCCAGGUGAAGUAAUUUCAGAAGAAUAUGACCUAGAAUAUGGAAGUGACUGUCUCGAAAUGCACAUUGGAGCAGUUGAACAUGCAGAUCGUGCUUUGGUAGUUGAUGAUUUGAUAGCUACUGGUGGAACUCUUUGUGCAGCAAUAAAUUUACUUGAGCGUGUUGGGGCUGAAGUGGUUGAGUGUGCUUGUGUCAUCGAACUACCUGAACUCAAGGGUCGUGGGAGGUUAAACGGCAAACCAUUAUAUGUGCUGGUGGAAUCUCACUAAGCAGUGACGAUAUCUCUCCCUUGCGGCACAGUGGUGACCUGUACAUUAGAGGGGUAUUGUUGUCAUUUCCAUUUCAUGAGGUUCCUGGUGUCUGGACAAGUUUCCUUCCUUCCUUCUUUGUUUACUUUUAUUGGGAGUAGUAAAUUUUGAUUUUCCAUUGGUGGGUUAA